AUGGACCAUCUCCUCAACACGAUGGCCGAGGCCGACGACUCGCAGACGCAGAUGCCUGACGACUCGGAGACGCAGAUGCCCGAGGAAGCGCAGACGCCGUCGCUCGUCAUGAUGCUGCAGAUGCCACUCGACAUGUCGGAGCGGGUCGGCGUCCAUGGCAACGAGACCGACGAGGCGAACCACGACGACGACGAAGACGACGACGAUGGCCGCGUCGCGUUCCCGCGCGAGCUGGCCGCGCCGGCCUUUGAUGCGAUCGAGGGCGAGAGUCCGGUCCUCCUCGACGGCGUGCUGCCCGAGGCGCCACCGGGCCCCGACUUUGAGUUUGCCCACGUGCUGCACACAAACGACAUGGUCGACUACUCCUCGAGCAGCCACAUUCGCCGGCGCGGCGUCAAGGCCCGCGUCGUGCCCGUCGCGCGGUACUUUCCGCUCGUGCCACCGCCCACGUACCAGCCGCCAGGCAACGCGACCAAGUCGAUCCACCAGCAGGUCGCGCUGCGCCUCGCCUUUUUGCGCAACAGCCGCCCGACGAAAUCUGAGCUCCUCGAGCUCAGCGCGUCGACGGGGCUUCCGUGGCUCGAAAUUGCGACGUGGUUCAAGGGCGAGCGCUGGCGCGUCCGGCGCGCUGGCGGCCUCGUCUCGCUCGAAGGCGGCAAGCCGACGCCGAACGCAUGGGCGCUGGUCAUGGACGGACUAGCGCUCGAAGCGCCACGUACGAUCGCGAGCGCGACCAAAGCGACGAUUGAGACGCGCACCAAAGAAAAGGCGGCGCUUCGCAAGCUGCUCACGCCGGCGCAGAAGGCCCUCAGCACGGCCUGGGCGAUGCAAUACGCCGACGUCGAAGACGCCAACGACCGUGCGUUCCGCGUCGGCGCGCUCGUCGACCACAUGGACGUGCGCCGCCGCAAGGAGUUUCGCAAGCUGCUCGUCGGGGAACCAAGCCUAUCGCUGCGGUCCGACACCGACUCCAAGAUCCGCAAGUCGUGCGCCGACGCCACGUGCACGCGCGAGGUCGUGGCCGCGCGCGCCGACCAGUGCUGGUCCUUUAUGGAGUCGCGCUUUGGUGCGGCCAACGACCAAGGCGAUGAGAAAUACGUCGACGAUGAGGGCAACAUUCUGCUCGAUGCGAGUCUGCUCAGUGGCAUGGAAUGCAUGUUCUUGCGGCACCGCGACUACUUCAUGGCGCUCGUCCACCGCUUAAAAGUGCAUGACUUUUUCCAAGAACUUUCCGACCGCCCCAACAAGCGAGCGCGCGUCGACGGCCAGCCCGAGGUCAUGCCAGCGACCGAAGACGACGCUCUCCCUGCACCGCGCCCACAAAACCAUGGCAUCAACCUUGGUCACGAUGAAGAAGAACACAACCAGCAAGGCGACAAUAGCAACCGGGCAAUCGUGUAA